UUCCGCUUUCUUCUUUUUCCGUGGGUUUCACUUUCAGACAGGAAAGACCGAAACCUCAAUUAUCGAAAAGAUAAGAAACACAGACAAAAACCACCUAACAGAUAAUCAGAGAGAAAGAAAUGGGACAGGAAGAAGCGGAGGAAGAUACAUCAUCUACAGUAUCGUCCACCGCUAGAGACGAAGAUGAAGAGGCAUGGAAUUUCAGGAAGCAAAACCUAAUUCUUGAAGUUUCAGAUAGGCUUAUUAAUGGAGAUCUACAUACCCAAAUACAAGCAGCUAGAGAUAUAAGAAAGCUUAUCAGAAAAUCUUCCGCUAAGACUCGCUGCAAAUUCGCCGCAGCCGGCGUAAUCCAGCCCCUCGUUUUCAUGCUUUUCUCUUCUAAUCUCGACGCUCGUCACGCCUCUCUUCUCGCUCUCCUAAAUCUCGCCGCCAGAAAUGAACGAAACAAAGUCAACAUAGUGACAGCUGGUGCUAUCCCCCCACUUGUGGAACUUCUCAAGUUACAAAAUGGUAGUUUAAGGGAGUUAGCUGCUGCUGCAAUUUUAACACUCUCAGCUGCUGAACCAAACAAGCCAACCAUUGCAGAUUCAGGAGCGCCGCAUCUUCUGGUUCAGAUUCUGAACUCUGGGAGUGUUCAAGGAAAAGUUGAUGCUGUGACAGCAUUACACAACCUCUCAACCUGCACUAAGAAUUCCCAUUCAAUUGUUGAUGCCAAGGCAGUUCCCCCUAUAAUUAAACUUCUCAAAGAAUGUAAGAAAUAUUCAAAGUUUGCAGAGAAAGCAACAGCUUUGCUUGAAAUCAUUUCCCACUCUGAAGAAGGACGAAAUGCAAUCACAGACUCAGAUGGUGGGAUUUUAACUGUAGUAGAGACAGUUGAAGAUGGAUCACUUGUUAGCACAGAACACGCUGUUGGAGCUUUGCUUUCUUUGUGCCAGAGCAGUCGAGAUAAGUACAGAGAACUCAUUCUUAAAGAAGGUGCAAUCCCGGGGCUUCUGCGACUAACUGUAGAAGGAACCUCUGAAGCUCAAGAAAGAGCGCGAACACUCUUAGACUUGCUCAGGGAUACUCCUAAGGAAAAGAAAUUAGCAUCCUCAGUAUUGGAGAGAAUCGUUCAUGACAUUGCUGCACGAGUUGAUGCCUCUGAUAAAGCUGCUGAAAAUGCCAGGAGGCUACUGCAAGACAUGGUUCAAAGAAGUAUGGAGCUCAGCAUGGACCGCAUACAGCGUAGCGUUGCAUCUUGUACUACUUCUGAGAUCUCAUCCAAAUGAGGGGUGUCCUUUCAGCUUGAGAAGAAAGCUUACAAGUAACCCGGGUUAGAGUUUUAAUCUGAAUCUUUGUUUUGUUUGGCCAGUUAAAACUCUUGUAACCAUUUCAAUGUCACCAUCAAACAAAGAUGAAUGGACAAACUAAUAUACCGAAUUAGAUUUGACUAGAGUCUGCUUUCUGUGAGGUGAUAUUGAUUGUGACCUCAAUAGUGUGUUGUACAUCCCUUUUGAUCAUGUAUAUAUGAAGUCCAGUCCUUUUACAAAAACCUUAUAUGUACUCCCUUCUUCUCAUCUAGCUAGUGCCCAGAGCAGUGGUUGAUUUUCUGUCA